CGGGGCCGGCAGGUGGGCGGCGGGGCCGGGUCCCCCCGUAGGGGCUGCCUAGGGUAGCUCGCACGACAGCCGCCUCGGUGCUGCCGGUAGCCGAGUCCCCAGGCGCCUGCUCGGGCGCAGUGUCUGGACCGAGGCCGUCAUCAUCGGCGUGCCGUGGAACUGCUCCGGUCCGGCGGGUACGUGCGAUCGCCGGCGGUUCGGUGCCUUUUGUAAUGCUGGGGGGCAAGGCCCGUAACGCCCCUCCGCAGCUGUUGUGCGGGGAGUUAGUGGAUGGCUGAAAGUUGGCUUGACCACUGAGUUGCUGAAAUGUUUUGCUGCUUGAGAGCCGUGAGAAGGUUAUGUCUGGAGAAGAUACUGCUACAAUGCAUUCUUCAGUCAAGAACUUUGUCAGGAGCUGAUGCCAUCAAUGCUCUUAGGCCUUUCUAUUUUGCUGUGCAUCCAGAUUUCUUUGGCCAGCAUCCCAAAGAGAGGGAAGUAAAUGAAAACUCUCUGAAGAGGUUAAAUGGCUACUUGGAAAAUCUACAAAAACCAGGAUUUCACUCAUUUAAGCCAACUCAGCUUACUUUUUAUGUAAGAGAAAGAGAACCAAACUCUUCUAAUGUUCAAGAAUCCUUCAGUGCUUCAGGGUUUCGAGCCGUCAGUUUUACAUUACACACUAGGGAUCUCCUAAGCACAGUAUUAGAUAUUCUCAACUCCUGCAGUUUAUCAACAGAGCAUAUUCAAAGUUUGAAUAUGAGCUCUCAGUCCCACAAGGAAGCAAAAAGCACUGUGAACAGACCUAUCAAAUGGGAUAAGACUUAUUAUUCAUUUACGGGAUUCAAGGAUCCUGAUGAGGAACUAGAACAAGCCCCCAGAGUGGAAACAACUUUAAUAUCCUGGCUAGAUGAUAAUGAAGCAAGUGCAGUAAAAAAGCUGAAAAAGAGUUUGCCACUUAGAAAAGAACUAGAACGUUUAAAAUUUGAUCUCUCUCACCAACUUCAGCUCUCAGAUAUCAGGUGGCAGAGAAGCUGGGGUAUUGCUCAUCGCUGUAGCCAACUACACAGUCUGGGUCGCUUAGUUCAACAGAGACCUGAAGUAUUAAAGAAUGUUAAAGGACGCACGGUGGUGUUUACAGACCGUUCAGGUAUGAGUGCAGCAGGCCACAUAAUGCUGGGGACCAUGGAUGUUCACCAUCACUGGACCAAAAUUUUUGAGAGAUUGCCAAAUUAUUAUAAACUUCAAAAAAGGCUGAUGCUGUUGGAAGAUCGGAUAAGCCAGCUCCUGGGAGGCAUACAAGUAAUAUAUAUUGAAGAACUGCAACCCCUGUUGACUCUAGAAGAGUACUACGAGACUCUGGACUCUUUCUAUAAUAAAUUAUGUGACAGUAGACUGCCUUUUCAUCCUCGCAGUCUGCGAGGCUUGCAGAUGAUUCUGGAAAGUGACAGAUAUUCACCAAGCUUACAUGAAUUUGGGCACUUUAUGAUCCCAACGGUUUGUGAUCCAGCAACUCUUCAAUGGUUUAUUUUUGCCAAAGCACAAGAAGCAAGAGAGAAUCUGAAAAGGAAGGAGAAGAUGAUGAUCACAGAAAAAGAGCUAAUGGAUACUUCCACUGAAAAAUUUUCUUUGGAUCGGCUUUAUAAGGAGCCGGGUGUUUCCAGUGCUCAGAUGAUAGAUUGCUGUAAGAGGCUGCUGGAAGAAUCCCUGCCCUACCUACACGGCAUGCACCUUUGCAUUUCACAUUUCUACUCCGUGCUGCAAGAUGGAGACCUGUGUAUACCUUGGAACUGGAAAAACUGAGCACAUAUCUGGUUAUCAGAUGAAUUGUUUAUUUUCUGUAAGAGGCUAUAAAUAUGAAUGUUUUUAAGAGUAAAUUAUUUAAAUCUGUAUUUUGAUAGCGGUAUUCGACCCACAAGUUUUUGUUCUAACUGCUGCUCUAAGAGUCCUGGAGUCCUAGACAAUUUACACAAUGUGCAGUAUUGCCAGUUCUGGGGAAGACAUCUGUACAUUUUCCAUACUACUGUAGGAGUCUCAGUGUAUGGUAGCAGUUGUGAAACGGCAUUUUUUGUAGUGAAUUAUGAAAAUACAUUAAACUGCAAGUCUGCAAAAUUGUGGAUGUGUAUUUUUUAAUAUACAGCAAUAUUGCCAGACAGAUCAUAUUUAAUAAAGUGUACUACUUAAACCAGACGUUACAUGUUAUCUUAAGGGAUUCAUUGAAUGCAGAAGUGGAGUCCCUAAGUUACCUGGUGGCAAUAUUGACAUUUCAUUUUGCUGCCAAUCACUGAACUAAAAAAAAA